ACCUCAAAACUGUUGUACUCAUUCAUUUCGCCGUGAAGCCUCCUUUUUCUCAGUCAAAUUUUUAUUUAUUUUAAUAUUAGGUAGUUAUGGCUCUCGCCGAUGUUUGUAAAAUCGGUCCAAAUUUUCAGUUCCGCCCAUUCAAGAAUGAAACCGUCGAAGAUGUGUGCGAGCAAACCGCUAAUUUCACCAACGGCUUUCAACUAGCUCUACCUCCUUUUGCUGAUCCUGCAAGAAAUUUAGCUCGCUUUAACAAGGAUGAAAGUGGCAAGCCAAUUCAAUUUAAAUUUGAUCAUGGAACUACGACGUUAGCCUUCCGAUACCAGGGUGGUGUGCUCCUAGCUGUAGACUCUCGAGCCACUGGUGGCAGUUUUAUUGGUUCACAGAACAUGAAAAAAAUAAUUGAAAUCAAUGAUUUCCUAUUGGGAACACUUGCCGGUGGUGCUGCCGACUGUGUUUACUGGGACCGAGUUCUGACAAAACAGUGUCGCAUGUAUGAAUUACGGAACCGAGAACGCAUCUCUGUAGCUGCAGCCUCAAAACUAUUGGCCAACAUGUUUUACAACUACAAAGGAAUGGGACUCUCAAUGGGAAUGAUGCUUGCCGGUUGGGAUAAGCGGGGCCCAGGUUUGUAUUACAUCAGUGACGAUGGAACAAGGACUCCCGGUAAAGUUUUCUCUGUAGGAUCUGGAUCAGUAUAUGCUUUUGGUGUAUUGGACUCAGGAUACAGAUGGGAUCUAACAGACGAAGAGGCUUACCAAUUAGGCCGCCGUGCUAUCUACCACGCGACACAUCGUGACGCUGCUAGUGGUGGUAUCAUCAGAGUUUAUCAAAUCACAAAAGAAGGCUGGACUCACAUUGCUGACGAAGACUGCAAUGAUGUUCAUUACAAACUUGAAGAAGCGAAAGCUGCCUCCACUUCUUCCUAAUCUGCACAUAAUCCUUUUUCAUAUUGUGAAUUCAAAUAAGUUGUCCCUUUUUUCAAGAGAUUUGUUAAUUUUUUUACUAUAAAAUAAAACUAGAUUGUAAGGAAUAA